AAUAAGCCAUAGGUGGUGUGUGUACGCAGUGUGAAGGUGAGUGUAUGUUUUAACAAAGACAUGAUUGUGUGUGACACACUCGCUGCUCAAGGCCCCGACUGUCCAAAAAACUGUCCAUCACCUCAGCAUAAACUAGAGAUUAAGUCCAGUGCAGUGUUUCUAUGUAUUACUGUUCAGUCAGCUGGCUCUUCACAUCCAAAUAUGUUUUAAUCAGCCAAAAAAAAAGUAGAAUUACGUAAUUUGUAGUUUUAUAACAAGUGCUUGAAGGAGGUGGCGCAGUCUACACAACAGGAGGUGGCAGAGCUGAAGAUGCCGGAGUGACCAGGACGGACGGGUUCAAUGGUUUUGGAGGUAAAUGUCAGAAGAGUCGAGGUUAAGAUGGUUUGGUUCACGUGCAGAGGUUGAGGAGAUGGAGCUGCGACCACAGAGAAGGUUCAUGGGUGUUGUGAAGGACGACAUGUGGACAGUUGGUGUUACAGAAGAGGACAAGAUGGAGGCCGAUGAUCCGAGAAACUGAAAGAAAGAAGUUGAACACCAGUUCAAGUUGCAGGAUGACCAUAAUCCUACUCUGCAGUCCACAGCGACUUUUACGUCUUCUUCCUGAAAGCAGUCGUGUGGAAGACGGUCAUUAAGUCUGUUGCAGCUGCUCUGCAGGGAAUCAUCAGUGUCAUCAUCUGCCGCACGCCGAGAAGGAAAUAGAUCAUAAAAGUGGACACCAGCGUGAUGGCCGUGUGGGAACUUCAGUUUGCAGAACGCCAACACGACGAACAACUCCGCUCGAAGAGGACCGAAGAGGACUGGGCUGAUCCCCCUGAUCAGAAGGACUCACACUCCUUUCACAACACCGGUGACGCUGUGUCUGGACUCUGCUGCUCAUUGAUUGGACAGACGUCUGAUGAUGGAGGAUAUUGACCGUGGAAGUGUUUGAGUGUGUGCACGCAGAGACGUUGUCUGCAGAGGAACCACAGAGCUGCUGCUUCACAAUGACUCUUCAUUGAUGAGCCGCUCCACUGACGUCUGCUCUGGUUCCUGUCUCUCACACACACACACACACACACACACGCUGGUGGCCAACGCCGUGCUGUUCACCAGUGUCAACUUGUCGGGGGUGUUUGUGAGGAUUAUUACUGAGCGCGCCCAGAGGAAAGUCUUCCUGCAAGCCCGCAACUGCAUCGAGGAGAGGCUGAGGCUCGAAGACGAGAAUGAGAAACAGGAGCGUCUGCUAAUGAGUCUACUGCCGAGGAAUGUUGCCAUGGAGAUGAAGGAGGACUUUCUGAAGCCUCCUGAGAGGAUCUUUCACAAGAUCUACAUCCAGCGUCAUGACAAUGUCAGCAUCCUGUUUGCAGACAUCGUGGGCUUCACCAGCCUGGCCUCUCAGUGCACAGCUCAGGAACUGGUCAAACUGCUCAACGAACUCUUUGGAAAGUUUGACGAACUGGCAACAGAGAAUCACUGCAGGAGAAUCAAGAUCUUGGGCGACUGUUACUACUGUGUGUCAGGACUGACUCAACCUAAGGCUGACCACGCCCACUGCUGCGUGGAGAUGGGACUGGACAUGAUUGACACCAUUGCGUCGGUGGUGGAGGCGACAGAGGUGGAUCUGAACAUGCGCGUGGGCCUGCACACAGGACGUGUGCUGUGUGGCGUGCUGGGCCUCAGGAAGUGGCAGUAUGACGUGUGGUCAAACGAUGUCACACUCGCAAAUGUGAUGGAGGCCGGAGGGCUGCCUGGUAAGGUGCACAUCACACGGACGACACUGGAGUGUUUGAACGGAGACUACGAGGUGGAGCCGGGCUUCGGGCACGAGAGACACGCCUUCCUGCAGAAGCAUCACAUCGAGACCUUCUUCAUCGUGCCGUCGCACAGACGCAAAAUUUUCCCCGGUCUGAUCCUGUCAGACAUCAAACCAGCGAAGAGGAUGAAGUUUAAGACGGUGUGUUACCUGCUGGUGCAGCUCAUGCACUGCAGGAAGAUGUUCAAGGCCGAGAUCCCCUUCUCCAACGUCAUGACCUGUGAGGACGACGACAAGCGGCGGGCCCUGCGGACCGCGUCGGAGAAGCUGAGGAAUCGGACGUCUUUCUCAGCCGCCGCCGUGCAGCAUUCCCCGGGAACGCGAGUCAACCGCUUCAUCGGGCGGCUCAUCGAAGCACGACAGACCGAGUCGGGAACAUCGGACCUCAACUACAUCACCCUGUUCUACAGGAGCAGAGACAAGGAGCGCAGGUAUCACCAGGUGUUCGACGACUAUUUCAUCAGUGCUGUCAUUCUGUCUCUGAUCCUCGCUGCUCUGUUUGGUCUCAUCUACCUGCUAAUGAUCCCGCAUAGGGGGAUGCUGGUGCUGCUGCUGCUGGUGCUGUGCGUGUGUUUCCACGUGUCCUGUGUCAUGUACCUGCAUCUCACCAGUGUUCAGUGCCAGCCGGGCUGCCUCACCAUCCAGAUCCGAACAGUUCUGUGUGUGUUCCUCGUCCUGCUCACCUACUCUGUCACUCAGGCCUGUGUGGUGGGAUGCGUCCCUUGGGGAAAAGUGGGGACAAACUUUAACUGCUCAGCAGAGGACGACGACGACGUCUUCGUGGACACUAACAACGUCACGAUGGUGGACAGAGCUUGUCCCAACAUGGCGUACGCGCUGCUGUCCUGUGUGGCCGGCACACUCACCAUCGUCCCCUACCUCAGAGUGUCCUCGCUUCCCAAGAUCCUGCUGCUCCUCCUCCUCUCUGUCACCUACACCGUUGUCAUGGAGUCCAGCGGCUAUCGCCAGGCUGUGGGUGGUGGGUUCCUCCACGUGCGAGGUUAUGACCCUGUGUUGGCCGUCUUGUUAUUUUCUGGAGCUUUGGCGCUUCAUUCCAGACAACUGGACCUGAAACUGAGGCUGGAUUAUCUCUGGGCAACUCAGGCCGAGGAGGAGAGAGACGACAUGGAGAAGGUGAAGUUGGACAACAAGAGGAUCCUGUUCAACCUGCUGCCGGCUCAUGUGGCUCAGCACUUCCUCAUGUCCAACCCCAGGAACAUGGACCUGUAUUACCAGUCCUACACUCAGGUGGGAGUUCUGUUCGCCUCCAUCGCAAACUUCAACGACUUCUACAUCGAGCUGGACGGAAACAACAUGGGCGUGGAGUGUCUGCGGCUCCUCAACGAGAUCAUCGCAGACUUUGACGAGCUGAUGGACAAAGAGUGUUACAGGGACAUCGAGAAGAUCAAGACGAUCGGCAGCACGUACAUGGCUGCAGUAGGGCUGGUUCCUACGACUGCCUCCAAGGCAAAGAAGUCCAUCACCACACAUUUAUGCACCGUGUCCGAUUUCGCCAUCGACAUGUUUGACAUCCUGGACGCCAUCAACUACCAGUCUUAUAACGACUUCGUCCUCAGAGUAGGUAUCAACGUGGGCCCCGUGGUCGCAGGAGUGAUCGGAGCCAGGAGGCCUCAGUACGACAUCUGGGGAAACACGGUGAACGUCGCCAGCAGGAUGGACAGCACAGGAGUGCCAGGAAAGAUACAGGUGACAGAAGACGUUUAUCGUCUCAUCGCAGACUACUAUGACUUUGUCUGCCGCGGGCAGGUCAGCGUGAAGGGCAAAGGUCAGAUGCUCACAUACUUCCUGCAGGGACGCAGACAGGGGGGCGGAUGGCUGUCUCACGCCCAGCAGCGGCCGAGCAACGGUGAGCGGCGUGCGAGCGCGUUUGGCCACGGCAGCGUGUGCACCAAGCUGAGCCCCGCCCCCACCGUCGCCGCGUACUCCACCGUCAGGACGCCGAGUCAGUCCAAACCCACGGCCUCCACCAGCACCAGCACCAGGUACCUGCCCUCUGUCCCGACGGCAAUCAUGUGACGGACGCUGUCUCCAUGGUAACCGUGGAAAACAAGGAAAAAAAACGACAGUGGCGGCGGAGACCAUGUUCAGACUCUGCUCGUCCAAUCAAAGGCCUGAACUCGUGUCUGGACCACGUUUAGGUCUGACGACAGGAGGUCCCCCCCACACACACACACACACACACACACACACACACACACACACACACACUCCAGCACUGUUUGUGGCUUUGCAGCGUGGGCAGUCAUGAACAGGAUACAGGAUGCUCUUUAGCCACGUUGCUCUGUAAUCAAAGGCCAAGGAAGUCUUCAGGAUUUCACUGUCCCCCCA